AUGGAUGAUUCUAGUUCAUCUUCUGCAGAUAGUGAUUUUUCAGAUUUUUUGAUGCUAAAAUUUUUAAGUGAUUACAAUGAAAAGUUUAUCGAGAAAAUCCCUCAAAGAACAUCUUCUUUAUGUGGAGAAGAUUUUGAAUAUAUUAAGGACACACGAGAGAUUAAAGUUGAAGAAGCAGUUGCCAUUUUCCUUAUAAUUGUUGGUCAAAAUGUGGGAAUGAGACUUAUAGCUGACCGAUUUCAACAUUCGCUUGAAACUAUUGAUAGGCACUUCCAUUUAACAUUAAAGGCAAUAUGUAAAUUAGGACAAGAUAUCAUUCGACCAACUCAAUCUCCGUUACCUUCUCAUAAUGUCAACUCCUCAAAAUACUACCCAUGGUUUCAAAAUUGCAUUGGUGCCAUUGAUGGAACACAUGUGAGUGCAUGUGUCCCUACAGAUAAGCAAGUCAGUUACAGAGGCCGAAAAAACGUGGUAACACAAAAUGUCUUGCAUGCUUGUAACUUUGAAAUGUUCUUUACUUUUGUAUCUACUGGUUGGGAGGGCAUCACAAAUGAUUCCAGGGUGUUUAUAGAUGCAAUUACGAAACCUAAAUAUAAGUUUCCAUUGCCUAAAGAGGGUGAAUACUAUGUUUUGGAUUCUGGGUUUCCAUGCACAAAAUGUUUUCUCCCACCAUAUCGUGGUGAAAUAUAUCAUUUGCAAGAAUACAAUAGUGGACGUAAUCGACCACGUGGUAUGAAAGAACUAUUCAAUUAUAGGCAUUCUUCUCUUAGGAAUGUCAUUGAAUGGUGCUUUGGUGUACUAAAAGCACGUUUUCCUAUAUUGAAGAUGAUGCCACCUUACAAAUUGAGUAGACAACCUUUGAUAGUUAUUGCUUGCUGCACUCUUCAUAAUUUUAUUCGGCAACGCACACAAUAUGAUCAUAUGUUUUAA